AUGCAUCGGGAAGACAGGAAGAAGGAUCCUCGACCGAUCAUGCGGUGCGGGUGUGAAGCCCGGAUUAAGGUCCACGCUGAUGAUGCCAGCGGGCGAUGGUUUGUUGAACAAAUCUGCGAUAACCACAAUCAUCCCAUGCUGGAUGCGAGGUUUAGGGGUCUGUCGCAGUCACAGAGAGCAAUCAAGGAAGGGGAUUUGCACCAAAUCAAUUCCAUGAGGAAAGCUGGGUUGCGAGUGCCGACGAUUUUCGGUGCGUUUGCCAAUCAGUCAGGAGGAUUCGAGACUGUUGGGUUCGAGAUGAAAGACAUAUAUAAUGCGAUAGAGAAGCAAAGGCGGGCUGGCGUGACAGAUGCGGAGUCCGCGUUGAAGUUCCCGGGAAAUUUAAGGACAACUGAUUCCGGGAUGUUCUGGAGGUACUCGCUGGAUGUUGACAAGAGACUGGAAAAUCUCUUCUGGUGCGAUGGAAUAAGUCGUUAUGACUACAGCAUCUUCGGUGAUGUCCUGGGUUUUGAUGUAACUUACGGUCGUAACAAAUACAAGUUCCCUUUGGUAAUAUUCUCAGGGGUGGACCAUCAUAUGCGGACGGUGGUGUUCGGCUGUGCCAUCUUGAGUAACGAGAGCAAAGCAAGCUAUGUGUGGUUGCUGCGGUCAUUCCUUGAGGCAAUGAAGGGAAAACAGCCGAAGUCUGUCAUCACGGAUGGUGACCUCGCCAUGAAGAGCGCGGUUAGCACAAUUUUCUGGGUGCACAUCACAGGUUGUGUAGCUAGCAUCUGUUAA